GAAUCCUGGAACCAAUGUUACUGAAAGACUAACAUUAAAAUUAUACUAGAACGUGUCGCUUAUUUGUUUAGAACUACAUAUGUUAUGUGAACGUAAAUAUUAGCUGUCAACCUUUGCCAACGAUAGCAAGAAUAACAAAUGACUAACGCCACAACAAACUGUCAACGGCAGAGUACAAAUCUGUGAUCGCGCAUGUAAUUAAGGGCUCCGUGGUACGUUUUGUAGUGGUAUGUUUAAGAAACACUUCAAAUAUUACAAAAGUAAAUGUCCUCCUCCAGAUUUAUCAAACGUAAUAAACUUCAGAGAUGCAGAAUUCGAAAAACAUCAGAAAGUUAAGAGAGUCGAACUCACGGACAAAAACAUUGAUGAUUUGAGCAACUUUGGUCUGAAACCCAUCAACAUGUGGAAAAUGUAUGAGAUUGCUGACAGUCCGGGUUUCUUCGUCAUCCCAGAUCCAUUCACAGGUACAGGACAGAGGUACUGGAUUCAGAGAUGCCUACGUGACUUUACGAGGAAACCUCACAGCCGACUGAACCUCGAUGCACAUGGUGACCUGACGAAAGGGGAGGACUGGUGGGAAACUUCCUGUAAAUAUGAUGUGAGAAGCCAGAACCUCUUAAAGAAAUUACGAUGGGCGACACUGGGGUAUCAUCAUGACUGGGACACCAAGGUGUAUUCAGAGUUUGCAAGGGACCCUUUUCCAACAGACCUUGCCACUGUUUGUAAAUAUGUCUGUGAGGCUGUGGGAUUUCCCAGCUUCUCUGCUGAAGCAGCUAUUGUGAACUUUUACCAGCUGGAUUCAACUCUCUCAGGACAUACAGAUCACUCUGAGGAAGAUGUUACUGCACCUUUACUGUCGUUCAGUUUUGGACAGACAGCCAUCUUUCUGCUGGGAGGAACAACCAUGGACGACGAACCAUCAGCAGUGUACUUACACAGUGGGGAUGUAGCCAUCAUGUCCGGGCGGAGUCGGCUGUGUUACCACGGUGUCCCUCGAAUUGUUCUCGACACCAUUCAGCCUUGGCAUCUAGAGCUAGACAGGGAUAGUGAGGACUUGUGGAUACCAUUUGAAAAAUAUGUUAUGUCAUCACGUAUAAAUGUAAAUGUAAGACAAGUUUUGAGGCAGGGGCAAAAAUCACUGUCAUCUGUAGCAUCCUGACUCAGAAAAUUGUGACUAUGGAAAAUAAAUAAGUAUCUGAG